GCGGAGAAGCGGCUUCCCCUCCCUGCUUCCCUUGGCCGAGCCGAGGACGCGCGCGCGCGUCCGUCCGGAGCGGGCUCCCCACCCUCGACUCCCGCGACCCGCUCCGCACCCCCACCCGGGCCCGGAGGAUGAUGAAGCUCAAGUCGAAUCAGACUCGCACCUAUGACGGCGACGGCUACAAGAAGCGGGCCGCGUGCCUGUGUUUCCGCAGCGAGAGCGAGGAGGAGGUGCUACUCGUGAGCAGUAGUCGCCAUCCAGACCGAUGGAUUGUCCCUGGGGGAGGCAUGGAGCCCGAGGAGGAGCCGAGUGUGGCGGCAGUCCGUGAAGUCUGUGAGGAGGCUGGAGUAAAAGGGACAUUGGGAAGAUUAGUUGGAAUUUUUGAGAACCAGGAGAGGAAGCACAGAACGUAUGUCUAUGUGCUCGUUGUCACAGAAGUGCUGGAAGACUGGGAAGAUUCAGUUAACAUUGGAAGGAAGAGGGAAUGGUUUAAAAUAGAAGAUGCCAUAAAAGUGCUUCAGUAUCACAAACCGGUGCAGGCAUCGUAUUUUGAAACGUUGAGGCAAGGCUACUCAGCCAACAACGGCACCCCGGUCGUGGCCACCACGUACUCGGUUUCUGCUCAGAGCUCGAUGCCAGGCAUCAGAUGACUGAAGGCUUCGUGUAAGAGGAAUGGAAAUUGGAAACUAGACUGAAGUGCAGAUCUCCCCUCCCCUGCUCUUUUCACCUCUCCUCACAGGCCUCCUCUUCAAUAAGACAUGAUGGGCGGCAGAGAAAGGGUUUAUUGAUGAUGUUGCUGUUUGGUGUUAAGUGAUGGGCUUUUUCUUCUCUUUUUAUGGAGGGGGGCGGGGGGAUGGGCAUGUAAUUUGUAAGUACUUUGGUGCAUGAUCGGUCCCUCCCUUUUCACACCCCCACAAUUGUCUAAGGAGACAAACAGCCUUCCCUCUGCCUUGGAUUCUGAAGUGUUCCUGUUUGUCUCAUCCCAGCCCUGGCCAGACAUUUUUCUUUGAUUUUUAAUUUUUUUUUUAUUAAAAAGAUACCAAUAUGAGAUGACACCUUUCAAGAAUUUGUCCUGUACUGCGCUGUUCAGUCCAGUAGGUUGGUCACUUCCACUGCAGGAUACAUUUAUCUACACAUUAUAUACUGGGCAUAUAAUAUGUAAAUAAAUGACUUUUAGAAGAGGAAUUUAACCGUUUAAUUUUUCAAGGUUUGGUCUUGUUUUUUAAAUUCGGGGUGUUUCUGGAAUGGAGAGCCUCGGAGUUAAUUUACCUUUUUGUUUUUGAUGCUAGUGGCUAGGUAAGUUUCCCUGUCCGCUCCCCUUUCCCCAGUCACUGACUGUAGUUCUAUAGGGUACGGAGAGUUGAGCUACCUUCCUAGUGCUCCCAGGACUCAUGGCCUUCUCUUCUCAAAGCUGUGUUUCCAUGCCAAGAAAGAAACAGGAAGAAACCUAUUUUCUUUUUUAUUACCGAGUCAGGAGCAAAUGGCCUCAGCUCAGACCUGGAGAAACAAUGAUAGAAAUUGAAUUCCUCCCUACAUGUUGACAAUAGGGAUUUGAACUGGAUUCUGGGGAUUACUCUCGCAAAAACUGGAGCAUCGAGCUUUGUUUCUAUCCUGCUGGUUGGAAUUUUUUCCAUAAUGCUACUUAUUGCCAACAGUGGCCUCUCUCCUUGUGCAUACAUGCCUUACACCGUGCCGAACGGGACACUGUCCUUGUGCUGAAGCAUCCAGCUGUACUUGGCAAGCACCAGGGUUCGGUCCCGUCCCCAUCCUGGGUAACCACGUUAAGUUCCUGAAAAGUAACACGGGAGGAAAAUCAGGUGUUGGCUUAUCUUUGUGAUGUUACAGCAUUUGGAAUUGCACCAUGGAGCAUGCACAGAAAUAUUAAAUUUGUCUCCCACUGGGAUGCAGAAGGUCCACCUUCUGCUGAGAAAUCGUGUGGGAGAAUGCUCCGUCAUUUACUAGAACAGCUACAUAACGCGUUGGCUCAGUGCAGCUGUCGCGUUGGUCUCUGAUACAGGUUUCAUGCUGGCUUCAUUUGCCAGUUGUGUUGUUCGGUUGGGAGGUUUACAGAAAAGGGUCUUGAGAUCGAGGGGUGGGCCUGGGAGUGGGGACACUGAUCAAUCCCUGGUGUAGGACAGGAGUUCGUUGCUGUCCUCUUAGUGGCAUCUCCUUCGUCAACACGUAGCCAAGAUGUGAAAUUGAAAUCGUAGUUCUCUUUAUUUAAAACUUCUAAUAAACACUCAAACGUUGAAAAGUUUUGCUCUUCCCUCCCACUAAAAGAGAUGUAUGUAUCCAGUAGGCCUGUGUCAUUCAGUGUUCCACAUUUUGGGGGACAUCUUUCGGUGAGCUUUAAACUUUGCCGUCUGUUCUCAGUUUGCAUCUUCUCCCAGUCUUGAGGCACCGAUCCAACAAGUAGUGCCCACAGUUUCCUUAGGAUGCUGUCCUACCUCUGGGAUAGGGAUGUCCCCAAGUAAGGGUCCCAGUGGAUAGAAACAGUACCAUGGGAUUUGAGUCUAAAUACCAACUCGCUGUUCACAUGUCCUACUCAGAAACGAACGUAUUGCUGCUUGUUGCCUGAUUGAGAGCAUUGUAGUAAGUUUCUGUCCAAAGAAAUAAAGGAGAAAAUGAAUUAAAUUCAACUAAGCACUGAGUGGAAUCCAAAAACACAUUCUUCCAACUAAAUUCUACCUUUAUGAUAUGGAUUGAAAGUACUUCGCAGGAAAACAGUCAGUACCCCUGAAAAGGGAACUGCAGCGUUCAUAGUGAUUUGUGCAUUUUUUUUUAAUUGUCUAAGGAUGCUUUUACUGGGCUGGUGUCACAACACGUUACCCUACCGGGUCCACUUGGGAUUGAUGUUGGCGUCUUUGGGUCAGGAAAGUGAACUGUGCCAAGAAGCAUCUUUCAGUGACAUGAAUGGAUCUUAUUAAUGCAGUUAACUGAGGAAAUUGUGCUGAUGCUUUCUUAACUGACAAAAAGAGGCUUUGUCCAACCAGAAUUGUUGAAACUGGUGCUAUUUUCUGUUGCACUGGGAUUCUGAUGAGCAGGGAUUGGUGGUUUUUUCCUCCCUGGCACCCUUAACAACAUGGCUGUCUUUCCUGGUGUGUGGUCAUAGCCCUUUUGUGAUAGAUUACUUAGACCCCUGGGUGCAAUAGCCUUUGUACCUCCCCAGAGAAAUCAAGGAGAGGCAAAAGGAAGCGCAGAAAUCCUACUUGCAGAAUCUUUCUUUGACGCUGAUUUGCCAUGAAUUCUACAAGUAUUCACCUGAUUCAGACUUGACAGAAACCAGUUGUUGUGUACAGGGCAGGUUAAUAAAGUCUCUUUCUCACAGUGAAUUUGCAUGUCCUAGAUUCGGGUUACUACUGGAGCAUCCAUCACAGUCUUCCAUGCUCAGGAUAGAGAAAGAUAGCAUUGGAUAUUUUUAAAUAAAACUUUGUUUUUAGUUUACAGAUUUGCAGCCAUUGGGGGAACAUCAGUGAGGUUAUGCCAUCUUUUUGGACCAGGACUGUGUGUGUGUGUGUGUGUGUGUGUGUGUGUGUGUGUGUGUGAGAGAGAGAGAGAGAGAGAGAGAGAGAGAAAGGCUACCGGGAGUCAGCUGUAUUAGAUUUUUUUGUAGCCUCCCAGAAUGGCACAGCCCAUGAAACAGAGGAGCCUUGAUUUUCCCCAUAGCAAACAUAGCACGAUGGAAAAGUGAACGAGUUGACCAUGUUUUGUUUUUACAAGUGUCUGCGGCCCCAUCUGCCCUGCGGGGAGAGGGCUCCCUCACUGCUGAGUCUGAGCUGAGGCCAUCUGGUGGGAUCAAAGAGUGUGGGACUGUAUCACCCGCCUUGAGGCUGCGGAAGGCCUAGGAGGUGGCUUCGCUGCAGGAUUUCCGCCCUCUGCACCAUGCUGAGUGGUGCUGUGGAGCGGUGAGGCACCUGGGGCUUCGCUUCUCACAGCCUCUGGGGAGCAGAGUGGGUCACUGCCCUUCAGCAGCUUUUGCAGCAGUUUUGUAAACGUGUUGCUACCCGGUCAAGUUCCUUCUUGACAGAUAUUUUCGGUUUUGAUGUUAGGAGUCAGUCUCUUAGACUCGCUUAAAAGAAAAAAAAAAAAAUCACCUCUUGUUUUGUAAAGAAAAGUUCCACACAGGGCUGCUGUUCCUCCUUCUUCCCCUUUUGCUUCUCUACAUCCAGUGCUCCUUGGAGGCUCACCCUGAACCUUGUUAACCAGAGGAGUAAUCGGUCUUCUGCCGGACCCGGCUGUGCAUUUCACACGUUGUACUUGUCAUUUUACGGGCUUGUCAGUUCCAUCUAGUGAGUGCUGCAUUAAUGCCUUCGUUGGUUUCCCCAGCUGAUCUUUUUUUAAAACUUAGCUUAGCCUGAGCCACGUUUUCUUUGUUUUUUUGGUUCACAAAGAGGAUCUAAUAACCACAGAGCGAUUUUUACCACAACUGUGUGAUUUGUAGUAUUUCUGAAGUGUUCUCGAAGUCCAUCCCAGUUGAGAGAAAAUUUAAAGUUAGAAGAAAUCCCUGGAGAAGUCUUCGCAGUGGGCUGUAUUUCUGCUUUAAGAGACAUGAGGAUUAGUUAAAAUUGCUAAUUGAGCCUCGUCCUGGUCCCAUCUGCAUUUCAGAAAAUAAUCCACAUCUUUAUAACAAAUAGAUGUGUUAACGCAAGCAAGCGCUCUGGGGUGAGGAGAUUAUUCAGUGGUGAUUACAUAAUGGGACAGCUCUUGUGGUUCCUAUUCUUGAAACUCUACAAGAGGUCAGGCCUGAGGCUAUGCAGGUCAUACUGCCCUGCCCAGUUGAGGCGACAGUCACUUCUUCUGAGCCCUGCUGGGAUGGAACCUACUUCCCCAAGGCUGUGGGAAUCUUCCAGACUGUGCAGCUGUCCAUGUCCGUGACCUCAGCCUUGCUCCAUCCGGGCACCCAUCUCGCUUAGAGUAGGUGGGGAAGCACCACAGGGUCAGCUUCUGUUCUCCAGGGUGAGCCUUGCAACAGAGACCUCACCAUCCCGGAAGAGCUGUAUUUUCCAUGUCACUUUAGACGUCACCUAAACCGACGAGACAUUCGAGAUUUUCAGGUAGUAAAUUGGGAAGCAUUGGCUGCAAUCCAUAAAAGAUAACUGUUGUCUGUAUGUUAGGUGACUUGAGGUCACCGCAGCCCCUGGGAACCUAGAGAUGUGAGGCAGACUCUCCUUUGGAAGCCAGCGUCCUUCUUCUGCCUCUAAAAGGGCAGUUUCACAUUUUGACCACAUUUUUGCAUUAGCUGAUAACCCUCCAGGGAUGUGAGAAGCCUAAUCUGAACAUCGGAGGAAACGAUACCUCUCACCUUCAGAUUGAUCAAAUGGUUUGUCCUCCUAGUCCCCUUAAAAAUUAAUAAAUAAGAGAAAGAAUGCCGUUUGGUGUUGGUUUGGACACACUCCUUGAGCUGAGGCCAGUAGUCACGUGAUUUUGUGAGUCUGCCAAUAGGAAGCCUUCUAAGCAAAAGAGGCAUGUGUCUCCCCUAACGCUUUGUUUAUAGUGAUGAUUUGGCGAGCUUUAAGCUGUCUUAAAAAAGGCGAUUGUCCACUUGGAGGGGAGCUCGGAGGGAAGCCGCGUUCACUCUGAAUUCACACCAGGAGGGAUUUUGCUGGAGAAGCAAGUGCCUCUGGCCAAAAAAGUAAGAUUAAGAUCUGAAAGGUGGACAGGCAUUGCUUCUGUUCCUUCGGCAGUCGGCUAAUAAUUAACUCUGGGUUUCCUUUGGUUUACAUUCUCAGUUCUUAACCCCAAACAGGGGCCCCUAGAACACCAAAAACGGCAUUUAAAACGCUGGAGAUGGCCUUUAAAAGGUACAAAAACAGCAGCAUUGCCAUAUUCCAGGUUCAUCACCAUUUCCAUAUGCUCCACAUCCUUCCGUACGCACUGCAGCCCGGCCAGAUAUGGAGACCGCGUCAUCACUGAGUUGAGAAACAAAUUCUGGGUCUGGAACAAUCACCUGCCAAAUUGCUUACCGUCCGCGGAAGUUGUCUGUGGGGGUGUACCUUUCACAGAACAUUUCAACAGUACAGUGAAAUUGCUCUAGGCUUGACAUCCCAGUCAGGCAUUUGGGUCAAAAUUGUAAGUCUUUAGGCCUCCUUAGGAAAAAGGAAAGAUGCCUACGGCCCAGUGUUGGGCCUUGAGACUGUACCCCCCUCUCCCUAGGGUGGGGCGAAGUGGCACCUCCAGGAAAUCAUUUUUCCAGUGAGAUUGUCCAUAAAUCCCGACGGGACUUGUGAACCAUAAUCCCAGUGUGAACCUGUCGUAGCUCUCUGAUGCUCCACUGAAAAUGGUAUGCUAGAGCGGCUCACAGAUCCUUGCAGCUGCUUUCACCUCUUUGUGGUCCCAUUGCGGGGAAGAAAAGCUUUUCGGGGUUAAACCUUGGUCUUUAACCUCUGGUUUGUUGUGGAGAAAAUGUGUCACUGACACAUGAUCUGAAGAAGACCUCUCGUUUUGGUUACUCGAGUCCAGCAGCAUGACGAUAUGCCGCACGCCAGGGAAGGUAGAGGCCGAUUGCCAAGACACCCAGACCCCAGACUGGUCCAUUCCACAGCGAGCCUCCAUAGGGAACGGGUCUGAAGUUAGGUCUUGGAGAACUUCCAGAGCGCUGAGGUGAAGGAAGGACUCCGAGGGCCUUUGCUCAGCAAGCAGGCAGCUUGUGCUCAUCCCCAGAACAUGAAGGAGCUUCGAAGGGAAUGGCAGGCGUCUGGGCCACAGCCUGCAGACACGAACCUUCCCUUCUGCCGCUUCCCACGUGGCUGUGCACCUUUUGCUCUGAAUCCAGGGGGAAUCUCCUCUCCAAAAUCGAAUUUGCUUCCGUUUUGGUUAACCUCUGAGAACCUCACUCACCCUUUCACUCCCACCUGUGGAUGGACGUAGACGUGUCGCUCGGGGCCCGGAUGCGUAAGUGAGCAUAGCCCAGCAGCACAGUGUUGUAUUUCGUAGUUAGAAAAACAGCUGGUCCACUCUGUUAUAAAAGAAAUACAGUCUGUGGUGCAGUUUUGUAAAUAUCAGGUCCGUUUUAUUGCUUCGUGGUCUGAAAGCUUUCCGCCGGGUUUGUAAUCAAGGAAAAGGCAGAUGGCUAGAAUAGGUAAAAUUUAGUUAAUACCUCUGUCUUAAGAAAGAUAGCUGCCGGUUUGCCAUGUGCGUAAGGAGGUCAGGAGCACUUGAGGAUGUGGGGGGCUGUUGUGAAAGGAAAGCAGGUGGCUGUGGCCUGCCCACGUGUGUCAGAGAGAGAGGACGUGGAAGCCCGUUGGUAGCAUCUUUAGAUUUGCUCUGGCCGGCCCAGCCUUUACUUCGUGGAUCUUGUCUCCCAUCCUGUCCAACGACCUUGCUAGGGAAUGGGCAGCGAGGCCCCAGCUCUGUUUGCCCGGCUACAGGGUGUGGCCUCCAAACGGUAUGAGGUUUCUUGAAGGGGCUUCCUCACUACGAUUCCCUCCACGUCACUCAUCUGCCGUCAGCAUCAAAAAGGUUAAACUCCCCGGGACCAUGCCAGUUGUAAAACAGGUGAACUAAAUGUGCUUUUUUUUUUUUUUCCCUUUCGCAAGUGUGUUGUCCAGAUGCAGUCCCCCUUUGGCCAAGUUCAGCAGGAAUUUCCAGGGAGCCCCUUCAAUUGAGGCAAGUAGCCAAGAUGUUUUGAGUUUUUUCCCCAAAGGACAAAGUCUUUUGUCCCUUCCCCCUAGUGCUCAUACAUUUUAGCCGAAUCUUAAAAGGUCAAGUCUAGUAAUAGCUCCCUCCAGAACUGAGACGAGAGCGAGGGGCCCAUGCCCCCGGGGACCAGUCCCCCGGGGCACCCCACAUGCUCGAACUAGACUGUUCUGAUCCCACCACGAGUCUGCUGCUGUCCCCUUCCAUCAGGGCCACCCAGAAGAGCGGACGACUUCACCUUCCCGUCAUUAGGUCACCUAGCCCCCCGGUGACCAUUCUGGAGGGAGAGUGUGUGUAUCACCUGCCUCGGCGGUGUGCCUCCUGUUUGUAGAAAGGGUAGAAAGUGGAGCUUCCAGUGGGCCAAGCACUGCCAUCCUUGGAGAGGCUGGCAGAAAUGACCCCAGCGAGCUCAGCACAACUGAGGAAACCAAGGAACGGCACUUAUAUGGGAGGAGGGGUUGGUUAUGGUCCUUUUUACUUACUCUUGGGACCUGAUGGUGCAGUAUGUGAAACUGGACUUGGGAACCCUGUCACCCUUCCCCCCAGGGCAAAUGCACCCCAGGACUUAGGAGCUUCCAACCCAUGGGUGCACGGUCUUAUUUUCCAUUUCUUGUUUCCAAAACACUCUUGCUUGGUAUUGCAUGGAAAGUCCCAUUUUCCUUCCUUCCUCCUCGGGGGCCACCUGCCCAGACCUGGCCCCUUCCCCAGUAUCGUCCUAGCACUCACAAGCAAGACCCGCGCGCGGUGCCCGGAGGCGUUGAGGGGAGUGGAAUUUGGUCCGGAGAAGGCGGCAGAUACUGAAUAUUCUGGCUUCCUCUUCUCAGGGAGGGUGUUUUUAGGCUUCCUUCACACCCCUCCUGUGGGUGCCAUCGGGUUGUGGAGGAAGGGCUGAAGAGAAAGGGAGCGGUGUCCAGCCAGCCCAGGUUUGGGUCCGAGACAGGUACACAGAUGUGAGUCCCACUCUCCCCCUUUACUGGCAGGCCCGUCAUAUGUAACCUUUCACCUUUACUAAAGUGUCUGCUUCUGCCGUGCCAGCAACAGAGGACAGACAGACCCUUCCCUAUAGUCUGGAUAGAGCUUUGGUACUUGCCCUAAAGUUUCACCGUCCCCACAUCCCACUCCUUUUUGUAAAAACGAUGCUUAAGCCUGUGAGCGUGCUGUUCCUUUCUAUGUGUUAAUCAGUUUCCUUCCAUUUGAGCUGUGUGGGAGGGAAGGGCAUUGGAAUUGUAGGUUGUAAUCUUGUGCCAACCAAUAAAAACCAGUAUUUCACACACA